CCUCCGCCGGGAUGGGCGGCGCGGGACUGAGUGAUCGGCCUCGCGUCCGGCGGGUAAUCCCCAUCUGAUCUGCUGCCUGUGAGGUGCCGACUGCCGGGGCGCGCGAUCCUGGGGGGCCCGGGCAGCGCGGCGAUGACCUGAUCCGGAGCCCGCCAGGGCGCCCCCUGCCUCCCUCCCUCCCCGCGCUGCCUCUGAGCCUGUGCGGAGACCGGCUCGGUGCGGCGGCCCCCGGCGGACCAUGGCGGGGAGCUCCAGUUAAAGGCGUGUGGGCGCCGAGCUGGAGAGGACACCUUCGGCAUCGCUGCCUUUUGAGGGGGCUUAUUUAAACUACUGAGUCAUUCCAGAUUUAGGAUUCCCUAAAUAAUCACCAACUGUGCCCGUCUCGUGCCGGAAAGCAAGCGGAAAGAGAAAGAGCGCCCGCUCCUGGGACCCCGCAGACCGCCUCCCGCGGGUUUCUCCCCGAGGGGUGCUUGGCCCUCGAGGAUCUCCCUCCUCCCUCCUUCCCUUCCCCCUCCCUCGCCUCCCGCUCUCUUUGCAGUGCUGCUGGCCCAGAGCCGCGCUCACCGCCCCUGGGAACCUCUGCCCCCACCCCGCGCCCCUGCCCAGACUCCGGGUAACCGCUCCCACUUGGCGCCUCGGAAUUCCAGAACUCGGGUGGCCGGCCCCUGGAAAACCGCAGCCGGCGCGAUGCCUUCCGUAGACCUCACCCAGCCGGGACGGACCUCCUAAUCUCCAGAACCGCGGGCCGCAGGGAGUUAAAUUGCUGCCUUCCUCUCCUUCUCUCUUGCGGUUGGUGGCUUGUUUUCUAAAGGAACGUUUUAUUCACUUUUUAGUAUUUUCUACCGGGGUAGCUCUACCCGUCUCGGUCCAGACUCUGCUUUGUAAACGGGUUUUAUAUGUAUGUAUGUGUAGAUAUACUUUGGACAUCUUACAACGCUUGCGCCUCUCCAACAGGGGCACGGCUUGUUAUUUUGGACAUCCUUCGUUCCCUUCCACUUGGUACCCCGAACGCAGUGUGAUUAAACUCCCCACUGCCCCUUGGACGCGGAUCCCCUUGGGGUGCAAGUUUGGGGAGCAAACGUCUACUUCGCAGGAAGGCCUGGGACCGCCCCGCCCCCGCUGCCAGAGGUUGGGGAAGUUUACAUCUGGAUCUUCUCACAUUUUUGUCUCCACUGCCCAGACUUUGACUAACCUUGUGGGUGCCGGGUUUUCGGUACUGCAGCCUCCUCAAAUAUUAGCACUGCCUACCCGCGCCUGUUCUGUCCCUCCCGGCUGCCGAGGUCCUGCCCUCGCCCCGGAGGAGCGCGAUUCCGAGAGCGCAGUAGAGCCCGGGGCCGGGCCCGCGUUGAGCAGCUAUGGCUGCGGCGAUAGCCAGCUCCUUGAUCCGGCAGAAGCGGCAAGCGAGGGAGUCCAACAGCGACCGGGUGUCGGCCUCCAAGCGCCGCUCCAGCCCCAGCAAAGACGGGCGCUCCCUGUGCGAGAGGCACGUCCUCGGGGUGUUCAGCAAAGUGCGCUUCUGCAGCGGCCGCAAGAGGCCGGUGAGGAGGAGACCAGAACCCCAGCUGAAAGGAAUUGUGACAAGGUUAUUCAGCCAGCAGGGAUAUUUCCUGCAGAUGCACCCAGAUGGUACCAUUGACGGGACCAAGGACGAAAACAGCGACUACACCCUCUUCAAUCUAAUUCCCGUGGGCCUGCGUGUGGUGGCCAUCCAAGGGGUGAAGGCCAGCCUCUAUGUGGCCAUGAAUGGUGAAGGCUAUCUCUACAGUUCAGAUGUCUUCACUCCAGAAUGCAAGUUUAAGGAAUCUGUGUUUGAAAACUACUAUGUGAUCUAUUCUUCCACACUGUACCGCCAGCAAGAAUCAGGCCGAGCAUGGUUUCUGGGACUCAAUAAAGAAGGUCAAAUUAUGAAGGGAAACAGAGUGAAGAAAACCAAGCCCUCAUCACAUUUUGUACCAAAACCUAUUGAAGUGUGUAUGUACAGAGAACCAUCACUACAUGAAAUUGGAGAAAAACAAGGGCGUUCGAGGAAAAGUUCUGGAACACCAACCAUGAACGGAGGCAAAGUGGUGAAUCAAGAUUCAACAUAGCUGAGAACUCUUCCCCUUCUUCCCUCUCUCAUCCCUUCCUUUUCUCUUCCCUCCCCUUUCCCUAUUUCCUUCCAAAAAAUCCACCCAAGGAGAGGAAAAUAAAAUGGCAACGCAGGACCUAGGGGCUAAGAUUCUGCACUCAAAAUCUUCCUUUGUGUAGGACAAGAAAAUUGAACCAAAGCUUGCCUGUUGCAAUGUGGUAGAAAAUUCACAUGCACAAGGAUUUGCACGCAUAAAAGCAAAGGAAGUAAUAAAUCAGGACUCCACAAACAUUAAAUUAAACUGUGUUGUUAUUAAUAGAGGGCUAACUGUAAUGAAGACAUUGAUAGAGAUGAAAUAAAGUUAUUACCUU